CAGUCGCCAUCUUGCUUUAGCGCCGCAAGUUAUCAGUGCAGAAUAAUAACCACGUUUGAAUGAAUAUUUUUGAGACAUACGAGUGUUUUAACAAUUCAAUUUGAGCAUAUAUUGCAGGUAGUGAGGUGUACGAGUGUGUAGGUGGAACACCGUGCUGUUUGUUGGAAUAUUUCCGACUAUAGAAUUAGCUAACUGGGUACGCUCGACUUGAGGUGAUCAUGGGUCGCUCUAGGAGUCGCAGUUCGUCCCGUUCCAAACACUCCAAAAGCAGCAAGCACAGCAAAAAACGGAGCCGGUCGCGUUCAAGGGACAAGGAGAGGACCAAGAAGCGAUCCAAGUCCCGUGAAGCGAAGAGGAACCGGCGCAGAGAAUCGCGUUCUCGUUCCCGGUCAGCUACAGCAUCGACCCGUAGGGAAAGGGAGAGAGCGGUCACACCGCCGGAGAGAAUUGACAUAUUCGGCAGGACACUGAGCAAGAGAAGCGCCUUGGACGAAAAACAGAGAAAAGAGGAGGAGGAGAAGAAAGUCGAGAUGGAAAGACAGAGGAAGAUCAACCCUCCCCUCUUUCUCUCGCCACCCUUGCCGAGCAGCCGGCAGGUGGAGAUAGAGGAGAAGCUGAUCGAGGAGGAGACGGCGCGUCGCGUGGAGGAACUGGUGGCCAAGCGGGUGGAGGAGGAGCUGGAGAAACGUAGAGAUGAGAUUGAGCGGGAGGUUCUGCGACGUGUGGAGGAGGCCAAGCGUAUCAUGGAGCGCCAGCUGUUGGAGGAGCUGGAGAAACAGAGGCAGACGGAGCUACAGGCCCAGAAGGCCAGAGAGGAGGAAGAACGAUCCAAACGGGACGAGCUGGAGAAAAUCCUGGAGGAGAAUAACCGCAAGAUCGCUGACGCUCAGGCCAAGCUGGCUGAGGAGCAGUUGCGUAUCGUAGAGGAGCAGAGAAAGAUUCACGAGGAGAGGAUGAAGCUGGACCAGGAUCGGCAGCGGCAGCAGAAGGAGGAACAGAAAAUGAUCCUGGGCAAGGGAAAGUCCCGGCCCAAGCUCUCCUUCUCCCUCAAAGCCACCGAAUGAGUCUCUCAUCCCUCCUCUCUUCCUUCUCAUCCCACCCACCUCUCUGCUCCUCCUCCUCUCUGGAACGCUAGCUGUGUGGAAGGCUGAAGGAAGGGUAGCCCACGGCGCUGUCCUGCCACGCACCGCCCUGCUCUACAGACCUUUCCCAACCAAGCCUUGGAGGGAGGCCCGCCCACCUUCAAACACCUGUCUCGCCGCUUGACCCCUUUGACCCCCCCCCCCACCCACCCAGUGACUAUUGUUUGUGUUUUUAUUUUUUUAUUUUAUUUUUAAGGAUCUGAUCUGUCAUGUACAAAACUGUCACUACGUGGUCCUCUUACUGUGGCCCACGAGUGGUUGAGUCCCCUCUGUUUCUGUAGGGUAAGUGUGUUCUGUUGAAGCUUAUUAAAACUGUGGGCUUUAGGAGUUGGCCUAGGUUUUCCCUGUGCCGUAUGUGUCUAACGUAGAAAGCUGAUUUCCCAAACAGGGCUGACCUAAAGUGAUGCUGCAGGCAGGGCUAACCUAAAGUGAUGCUGCAGGCAGGGCUAACCUAAAGUGAUGCUGCAGGCAGGGCUAACCUAAAGUGAUGCUGCAGGCAGGGCUAACCUAAAGUGAUGCUGCAGGCAGGGCUAACCUAAAGUGAUGCUGCAGGCAGGGCUAACCUAAAGUGAUGCUGCAGGCAGGGCUAGCCUAAAGUGAUGCUGCAGGCAGGGCUGACCUAAAGUGAUGCUGCAGGCAGGGCUAACCUAAAGUGAUGCUGCAGGCAGGGCUAGCCUAAAGUGACGCUGCAGGCAGGGCUAGCCUAAAGUGACGCUGCAGGCAGGGCUAGCCUAAAGUGACGCUGCAGGCAGGGCUAGCCUAAAGUGACGCUGCAGGCAGGGCUAGCCUAAAGUGAUGCUGCAGGCAGGGCUAACCUAAAGUGAUGCUGCAGGCAGGGCUAACCUAAAGUGACGCUGCAGGCAGGGCUAGCCUAAAGUGAUGCUGCAGGCAGGGCUGACCUAAAGUGAUGCUGCAGGCAGGGCUGACCUAAAGUGAUGCUGCAGGCAGGGCUAACCUAAAGUGACGCUGCAGGCAGGGCUAGCCUAAAGUGACGCUGCAGGCAGGGCUAGCCUAAAGUGACGCUGCAGGCAGGGCUAGCCUAAAGUGACGCUGCAGGCAGGGCUAGCCUAAAGUGACGCUGCAGGCAGGGCUAGCCUAAAGUGACGCUGCAGGCAGGGCUAGCCUAAAGUGACGCUGCAGGCAGGGCUAGCCUAAAGUGACGCUGCAGGCAGGGCUAGCCUAAAGUGACGCUGCAGGCAGGGCUAGCCUAAAGUGACGCUGCAGGCAGGGCUAGCCUAAAGUGACGCUGCAGGCAGGGCUAACCUUUACUCGGUAAAUCACGGUGACCUCCACCCGACAGGUUGAUCUUCAACCUCCCCACACCUCAAAUCAGAUGUUUUUAAACUCACGUUUCUCCUCGGUUUAGAUGUAGCAUCAAAUACAAAAACCAAAACAUGUGGACAAGGAGACCCCACUGCUGCACAGGGGAACCCAGGCCAAUUCCCAAUCUGCCCAUGGAGCUGGUCAGGUUGGAACAGGAUACGAGUGUCAUCCAUGGUCAGGAGUGGUGGUGUGUGGGGGGGGGGGGGGGGGGGGGGGGACGAGAGACAUUUCCUGUAUGAUGUAAUAUUUAGCGUCUCUGUGGUGUCCUACUCCUGUGAGUUAAUAUAUGAAAUGAAUCCAAACAACAAGGGAUUUAUUAAUCGUGCAUCAUUUUACUGAACUGUUACUGUUUACAUCUGAGUGAGUUGUGCUCUGAAGUAGACUGUUUCAGACCUCCUUAGUUUGUGUAGUUUAUUAACUUCCCCUUUUGUUAGGGUCCCCGUUAACUCACUAUUGGUUCCUAAAGGAUGUCCAAGUCCAGGUGAGAUUGACUAGCUACAUGGUUUAGGUCUGAGAGAGAGAGUGUGUGUGUGUGUGUGUGUCUGACAGAGAGUGUGUGUGUGUGACAGUAUGUAUGGCUGACCGCUGGUAAGAGGCUUCAUGAGUAAAUGAAAUUUGUCUUGUGGUAAUUUCCCCAACUUGUUAAUGGGGACUGAACAAUUUACCAAUAAAUCCAUUGAAUGC